AGAGACGCCCAUAUUCAUCUAUGGGAGAAGAACGUAAGAUCGGUUGCCAUAUGGUCCUGUCAAACCAACUGUCCCGACCCCGGUGUCUGAUCUUCCCCGGGCAGUAGGCGCCGGUGACCCAGAUCUGUCUCGUGCCCGACCGUGAAGGCAGAAUCUCCGGUGGGUUAUCAGCGGGGGGGAUUCGGCUUGGAGCGGCGGUCUAUCUCCGACUACGAUGCCGUUCUCCCAGCCGCACGAACCCUGGGACAAAAUGGAGGUGACCAGCGUUAGUAGUGAGGUCAAUGGUCACCAGAUCCUGGAUGAGCCCAUGGACGAGGGAGAGUCUUUUACUCAUUGUGACGAGGUUACGUCUUAUUCAGAGAUCCAUAUCACCCACCAUGUGAAGGAGGGAUGUGAGAAGGCUGACCCGAGGCAGUUUGAGCUGCUUAAGGUGCUGGGACAGGGUUCCUUCGGAAAAGUUUUUCUGGUCCGGAAGGUCACGGGUCCAGACGCGGGUCAGUUAUAUGCAAUGAAAGUCCUCAAGAAGGCUUCGUUGAAAGUCAGGGACAGAGUUCGCACCAAGAUGGAGCGAGACAUUUUAGUGGAGGUCAACCACCCCUUCAUAGUCAAGUUGCACUACGCCUUCCAGACCGAAGGGAAGCUCUAUUUAAUCCUGGACUUUCUCAGGGGAGGAGACGUCUUCACGCGCUUAUCCAAAGAGGUUAUGUUUACAGAGGAAGAUGUCAAAUUCUACCUAGCAGAGCUGGCUCUGGCCCUCGACCACCUGCACCAUCUGGGCAUAGUUUACAGAGACCUCAAACCAGAGAAGUAUGUACCAUAAUCCCUGACCCCUAACCCUCCUAGUCUUUCUGCCGCUAACUCUAGUGAUUUAACCCCUAAUCUACAUCAUUUGGGUGUUGCUAGUGAUUGGGUUAGGGUGGUUGGGUGUUGCUAGUGACGG